AUGUCUCUUGGUCAUAUGGUGAAUCAAAUCAGAAAUGAGAACGAUAUUGCAACAUCUAUGGAAGUAAAAAUUUGUGCAUUUAUAGCCGAGCAUAAUUUACCUUUAUCAAUCUCAGAAAGUAUGGUCAGACUUCUUUCCUCAAUGUUUCCAAAUGAUGCUUCCUUGAAGAAAGUCAAACUUGGAAAACAAAAGGCAACCAAUAUUCUGCGUCAAGUUCUCGGCUUUGAUUAUCUUCAGGAUAUGGUAACAUUGUUGCAGUCAAAGAUGUUCAGUAUAAUCAUUGAUGAAGCUACUGAUAAAAGUGCAAAGAAACAACUUGCUAUCAUUGCUGUUUUCUUUGAUUUGGAAAAAUUUGAGUUGCAAUAUUGGCUGGUAGACUUGGUCGAGACAGCUGAUGGAACUGCAAAUGGCAUUUAUUCAAAGAUUAAGGAAACAUUCCAAGGAAUGAAUAUUCCAGUUGUAAACAUAGUGGGCUAUGCUUCAGAUACAACAAACGUCAUGUUCGGACAGAAUCAUUCUGUCUCACAGUUGCUGAAAUCUGAAAUCAGUCAUGUUCAAAUUGUAAAAUGCUCCUGUCAUCUUAUCCACUUGGUAUCAUCACAAGCAGCUUUAAAGCUUCCAAAAAGUGUUGAAGACCUGUGUAGAGAUAUAUAUGCUCAUUUUCACAGGUCUUCAAAAAGACAGGACACUUACAAAGAAUUCCAAGCAUUUUUUGAAAUGGAACCACAUAAGAUGUUAUCUCCAUCACAAACCAGAUGGCUUUCUUUGCAAGAAUGUGUUGCUCGUAUAUUAGAGCAGUAUGAAGCUUUGAAACAUUACUUUGUUCUUGUAGCAAGUGAUGACCCAUCUAAUACCAAUGACCGAAUUCUUGCUUCACUUCGGAAUCGAUUUGUUCAAGCAUACCUAGAAUUUUUAAGUUUUCAACUUGAGAGAUUUAAUGGAUUUAAUCGGUUAUUUCAAAGCGAAUUCCCUCUCCUACACUCUCUUAAACCAGAAGUGGAGAAACUUAUCAAAGAAAUUGCUAGUGAUUUCAUGGAUAUCCCCACUGUGAAAACAAUGCAAGCAGAUCAAAUUGAUCCCACAACACUGAACACCAUGUUCCAUUGCAACAAGUUUACAUUGGCCUUGGAGCCAAAGCUACUAUCCAAGAAAUUGAGCAUGGUGCAACAAAACAGGAUGUAG